AUGUUGCUUUCUAUUUUUACAUAUUUCCUUGGUAUAAACCUUGUCUUUGGUCUUUCUCAUCGUUUUGAUAAUUUUGGUGAUGGUGCGUUUCCAGCGUAUUUUGACUGGAGAGAUUAUGGCGUGGUCUCUCCUGUUAAAGAUCAAGGAGGUUGUAAGGCCUGUUGGGCCUUCAGUGCUGUGGCUUGUAUAGAAAGCCAUUUAAGGAUAUACUUAUCUAAAGAAGAAGUACUAUCGGAGCAAUUUCUUAUUGAUUGUGCUCCCGACCAUGUCGGCUGUAAUAGCACAAGCGUCUUAAAAGCUUUCGGGACUAUAGUAAAUGAUCUCGGAGGAGUAUUGCGUGACUCAGAUUAUAAUCCAUACGACGCCAAAGAGGAAAAGUGUUCCUGGGAUCCUCUUAAAAGGCCAAUCCCCGUCGUUGGUUACAAAAGAGUCCUACCAGAUGAAAGAUUGAUGGCAUUGUAUGUUGCGAAUGUCGGACCUCUAUCAGCUGCUAUAAAUUCGGCGUCUAUGGAACGAUAUACUGGUGGUAUAGACGAACCUACAGAUGAAUCAUGUUCGCCUCGACAUACAAACCAUGCUGUUCUCAUUGUUGGCUUUAGUUAUUACAGGGAUGUAGGAAGAAAAACCUUCAUUUCGUAUUGGAUAAUAAAGAAUUCGUGGGGCAAAUCCUGGGGUGAUAAUGGCUACUAUUACCUCGUGCGUGGUCGCAACGCUUGUGGGAUCGCAACUGAUGUAUCUUUUCCCUUUGUCAGGUGA